AUGGCCUCUCCAGCCCUUCCCGGCCUGUUCUUUUGCUUUGCAGCAUGUGUGCUGUCAGUUAUUGUAACUGUUUCUGCACCCAUCUGGAACGAUGUCUCGUUCUUGAAUGCGUCUGUUGGCGGACGUGAAAUUCAUUUCGGCGUGUUUGGGUAUACUGGGAGCGAGCGCCGGUUAGGAUAUGAGAUCGAUCCGGCCAUUCUGGGACUCAAUACUGAUAACCUCAAUACGACCACCAUCCGUAAUCUCACCUAUAUUAUGGUCCUUCAUCCCGUUGCUGCUGGCUUGGCCGGUCUCGCGGUCAUCUUUGGACUCUGCGGCGCUGCCUAUUCCCGUGUCGGAACGAUCUUCAUGUCCCUUGCUGCAGCCCUCGCGACAAUUUGCACGCUCAUCGUAUUCGUGAUCGACAUGGUUCUUUGGGGUAUCGCUCGUAACAGGAUCAGGGACGAAGGCGCGAGUGCCAACUACGGAAAUGCCAACUGGAUGGUAGCUGGUGCUCUUGCCGCGCUCUUGCUUGGCUUCUGCUCUGCUGCGCUCGGAAGCUGUGGCCGAUUCAGUCGUCGCAGGACCGAAAAGGUCUAA